CUAAAAACUCGCCUUCGAUUAUCAGCCGACCAAAAUGGCGAUUUCUGAAACCAAAUUGAGCAUGAAGCUUCUGAUCGACACCAAGGCUGGUAAAGUUCUAUUUGCUGAGGCUGAAAAGGACUGUGUAGAUUUCCUCUUUCACAUUCUCACAUUGCCUGUGGGCACUGUAACUAAGCUUCUUAAGGAGAAAGGAAUGAGUGGAUCCUUGACUAACCUCUACGGAAGCGUAGAAAAUCUGAAGGAUGCCUAUAUCCAAUCGAACCAGUGCAAAGAUAUCCUUUUAAAACCAAAGUCUUCAGUUGGGAUCGCUUCCGUUCCUUUCCUAUUGCUUAAUGACGUUCCGACUCAGAGGACCUUUUACGGAUGUAGCAACUCAGUGCGUCACGCAAAAGUUUCUGAUGACCCUUGCUGUCUGUCCAGAUUGUGGGAGGUGUACGAUGACAAGAAGGUUAACGUAUGUUGCUCCACCGGGAGUGAAGGAAGCUGUCGCAGCUACAAGGGGGUUUGUGAAGGAGAUGGUAACAUACAUGGUUAUGGAUGACUUAGUGGUUAAGCCUAUGUCCGCCAUUUCUAGCAUUGCCCUUCUCAACAAGUUUAAUGUGAAGGAUGUUGGUGUACUAAAGGAGAAAGUAGUAAAUUUAGGAAUGGAAGAGGCGUUGAAGUUGCUGAAGGCAUCUUUCGAGUCGAAAACAGUUCUUACAAGUGUUUUCAUGAGCACAGUUCCCACAAGUGUUUUCAAGAAGAGUGUAAAGCGGAGAAGAGCUAUUUAAAGCAGACAUUAUGGAAUUGGAUGUUUCAGUUUAUAAUUGUCCUUUUAGUGGCUACCUUUUGUUUGUAGGUUCAGUUAUCCAUUGCUAAAUCUUACUUUGUCUAUUAUGAGAUUCUUUUUCACUAU